CUUCACUUCGUUCUACCGCAGGCCGGUGAUUCUCUGAUACCCAUUCUUCCGCAAUUCCACUCCCUUGAACCUUUCUCAACCAUCACCGUACAACCAUUCACACGUUCACCCAUAACAUCAACAUGCGUUUCGCCCUCGCCAUCUUCUCCCUCGCCACCCUGGCGCUCGCCGCCCCCAGCCCUCAAAACGCCAACCGCCCCGUACCAACUGGCAACUGCUGCGUUGCAAAUACAUCUCUGAAGCAGGACGUCUGCUUCGUCAAUGGCCAGAGCGGACGCUGUGUACCAUCUGCCUCUCGAGGAUGUGGCGGACAGUUGACCUGCAUCGAGGAUAGCAGGUUGACUUGCAAUCAGAAUCAGUUGGAGAGGGGAAGACCACUUUGCAGGCUGCAGGGAGAGAACAUUCCUUAG